AUGCCGGCCAUGGCAGAGUAUUUAAUGCCGGCGGCUGUCGUCGCUGCGCCAGGCGAGUCAUGGGGAGAUUUGCCGAUGGCAGCUCCGCCACGCAUCUUCUUGACCUUCUCGAGCGGUGCCCUCCCAACGACGCCGGAGCAGACCCCACUCCCCAGCACUCCUUCAAGCCCAGGAGCCUGGCCUGAAGGGGUCCUGCCACCUCCAGGUCUGGAAGUCCCAGAAGCGCCCUUGCCCAAAGCACAAAACCUACGCUUCGGUAUCGGCAGCUUCGGCCACCCCCACUUUUGCAGCAGACCGUGCGUUCACAUCGCCAAAGGCCAUGUGUGCCCAAGAGAGAUGGCAUGUGCUUACUGCCAUUUCCCGCACCGUCCGAUUCCCAAACCAGACUGGCAGCUGCGGCAGAGUCUUCUUGCCGCAAGCGACCAGAAGCUUCUCGUGACCUUCCUGCCGAUUAUCAUCAAGAAAGCGGCGAAAGAAGGCCUCAUUCCGCGUGUUGACGGUCUCAUCGAGCUGCUCAAGGCAGAGGUACGAGGAGCUCAAUGCGAGCCUAUUCCAAUGGGGACAUUGCGGCCCAUGCGGAUGUCAUUCAUGCACCUUGUGGAGAGCAGCAUGCGCCGCCUGCCUCCUCACAUCCGAGCCGAAGUAAAUCGUCUCAAAUUGGAGCUCCCUCCUCCCGUGCUGACGCAUGGUGGAGCCGGGCCAUCUCUGGUGCUGUAG